GAUGUCCCAGAACUGAAAAUUGCUAACAUUCGUCCAAAUAUGUUGGGCGUUUUUAUUGGAAAAUGUUUGUAUUGGAAAACUGUGUGUUUAUUGGAACAAAGAAAUUUCUAGAGGUUUGAAACAACCUGAGGGUGAGUAAAUACGCCCUUUUCACAUGACGUCACGCAUCUUCCGUUCUGCCGCGAAGCAGUGUACCGUUACUUCCGCUAGCACUCCAGUUCAUAAGGUGGCUGUAACGCACCUAUAAGCUGGUUUCCCAACUGCCAGUAAAACUCAAGAAGAACUUACUUCCGCUAGCGCCUCAGAAUGGAGUUUACCAAGUCCCUUGCACAUCUGCCACAAAUACGUCUAGAUGAUGUACAACGUCUUGCAGACAAAUUUUCGCUAACGACAAGAUCAAAGCUAGAGAAAGGACACAAAUUCUUCAUUGAACAGUACCUGUUUGAUUAUGAAGGUAAGUGUUUUGUUUUCAUUUUGUGUUAGCGAAGGUGCUAGGAUAAGUACUUGAAUACGUGUUCUGUCAGUUUUUUUUCACUGUUGUUACAUUCCAGCGCGAUGGCAAAGUGGAAGUUCUUCUUCUUCUUCUUCUUGUUUGUUGCAAGACGGAUGUUAUGAUACACUGCUUUGCGAAAAGGCGGAAGUUAAGUGACGUCAUUGUGAAAAGGGCCUAUAGUGACUGAUUUUUCAUUUUUGUAUGAACUAUCCCUUUAAAUUACAAUUUAGCACUGGUUUAUAGAAGUAACCAACAGUAAUGCAAAACAAUGUACCUAAAUUAAUAACAAUAAACACAAUCUGCUGAGCAGUCUGAUAAAUGAGUUAAAUGGAUGAUGUUAAAUGAUUAGGGAACACACAAUUUAAAAUAAAUUAAACUACUACAGAUAAGCAUCACAGUAAAAUAUGUUGGGGACAGUUUCUCUCUCUCUCUCUCUCUCUCUCUGUGUGGCCCUUUCACAUGCUUCUCUCUCAAAUCCAGUGAGAGUGCUCUAGCUCACAUGUGUUCUCAUGGGUUUGGUUAUUUUUGUAACUCAGCGCAUGACUCAACUCUGCUGUGCCAAACACACUGUACCAUAUGGGAGAGAGAACAUCAUCACAAACUUUAAAUGUCAUCAAGCUAAAGAAUCCUCAUGUCGAAGAUGAUGUUGCAUAUCCACGUUGGAAUCUAGACUAGGUUCCAAUGAAAAUGGGAAUUCUGAGGCAGCUCCAGUGUUUCCUUCUGAUGGGAACAAUGUUUAUCGUCGUCGCCAUAAUCAUUUAUUGGGAUGAUGUGACCAAACGGACGUUUUACAUACCCUCUGCUAUGUCACCAUUACCUGUAUUCCCCAUUCAGGUUUUGGAGACGCCGCUCGACUUGAAGUCCAGUUCAGAUCAGUCACGCUGGUCAGUCAAACCAAACCAGACAACUCUCACAACUGCUCAAAAAUAUAUCUUAAAAGAUCAGGGAUCCAACAAUCAGAUCUUCGGUCAGUCUUCCCCCACAGAUCUUAAAGUGCGGCAAGCUUAUCGCACGGAUAUUGUAAAAGAGCUUUGCUUAGCCAAUAGCAGCCUUAACUUCCCAGGAAAGUUCAAGAGCUUUGAGAAGAUUCCGAGUCACGCCCUGGAUCAUCUCAUCGUGGAUGAUCGUCAUGGUGUCAUUUACUGUUUUGUCCCCAAGGUGGCAUGUACCAACUGGAAACGAAUUAUGAUUGUUCUCAGCCAGAAUCUUAAGGCACCCGAUGGAACUCCAUAUAGAGAUCCUCUUGCCAUCCCAUCAUACAUGAGCCACAAUGCUACACUGCAUUUGACCUUCAACAGGUUUUGGAGACGCUUCGGUCGCGCCUCACGCCGUCUGAUGCAUCACAAACUCAAGACUUACACCAAGUUCAUUUUUGUACGGGAUCCUUUUGUACGCCUCAUAUCUGCUUUCCGGAACAAGUUUGAUCAGCCAAACGAGGAUUUUUAUAGACAGUUUGGCACUGUAAUGCUUCAGCGCUACGCUAAUAUUUCAAAGCCUCCAGGUUCAGCUCAAGAGGCGUUGGCAGCAGGUAUCCGCCCCUCCUUUCAGAACUUUGUUAAGUACCUGUUAGAUUCACGGACCGAAAUGAAGGAGCCGUUCAACGAACAUUGGCGUCAGGUCUACAGGCUAUGUCAUCCGUGUCAAAUUGAGUAUGAUUUUAUUGGGAAACUGGAAACUCUAGAUGAGGAUGCAGAACAUUUGCUGAGGAUUCUGGGAAUGGAUGAACAGAUUCGCUUUCCACCCGGGUACCGCAAUAGGACAGCUGCGAAGUGGGAGCGAGACUGGUUUGCAAAUGUUUCUUUAGCUGACAGGACGAAACUUUACAAUCUUUAUGAACCAGACUUUAGAUUAUUUGGAUAUGACAAACCUGAGACACUUUAUCAGAAGUGAGCGGUUGUAUAUACAAAUAAGUGAAAAUAAAAUGUACAUUUUUACA